AAGCAGCAAUCAAAAGACUCUAUCUAAUACCGCCCCAAAUCCAUUCUCAAAGAAGAGUCCUGGAGGCUGCUGAUGCUACGGUAGAGUGAAUUCACCCCCUGCCAUACUGUCCUUGAGAGGACCUUUCCCCUCAUAUAUACCUCCCCCCUCCCCCCACCUUACUACCUGCCGACAAUGCCUGAGUCCAUCGGCCACGAAGAGCCUGCUCUUCCUUCGAGCCCUCUGUCGGGAGGGGCUGUGGCUUACAAUCAGAUCAGCAAGGAAUUGCAACCUCUUCCCUCAAUGGCCAACACCAAUGGCGCCAUCAUUCCUCCUGCCUCCUCCAGAAUUCAGGGCAGCACCGGGCGGCUGUGUGCCCUAGAACUCGAGGAUGGUACCGUUUACCAGGGUUACAACUUUGGUGCGGAGAAGAGUGUCGCAGGUGAACUGGUUUUCCAGACCGGUAUGGUUGGCUACCCAGAGUCAGUUACUGACCCUUCCUACCGUGGUCAAAUUUUGGUGAUCACGUUCCCUCUGGUGGGCAACUAUGGUGUCCCCUCGCGGGAGACUAUGGACGAAUUGCUUAAGACAUUGCCCAAGCACUUCGAGUCCACCCAGAUCCAUAUUGCAGCCCUCGUUGUUGCUACCUAUGCUGGCGAGAACUACUCCCACUUCCUGGCCGAGUCCUCACUUGGACAAUGGCUCAAGGAACAAGGAAUCCCAGCCAUGCACGGGGUUGAUACCCGUGCGCUGACCAAGCGUAUCCGACAGAAGGGUAGUAUGCUUGGACGCAUGCUGCUUCAUAAGGCUGGAGCCUCUGAGAGCGCUGCAGACCUCGAUAAGGAUGCUUGGAAAUCGUCCUUCGAACAGAUUGACUGGGUUGAUCCUAACGCCAAGAAUCUUGUCGCUGAGGUCUCUAUCCGCGAACCCAAGCUCUUCACUCCCCCCGAGAAUGUCGCCCUGAAGCACCCCUCUGGUCGCACGCUCCGUGUUCUUUGCCUGGAUGUCGGUCUGAAAUUCAAUCAGCUGCGCUGCCUGCUUGCUCGUGGUGUUGAGGUUUUGGUCGUGCCUUGGGACUAUGACUUCCCCAAUCUUGCUGGCAAAGACUACGAUGGUCUGUUCGUCUCCAACGGUCCUGGUGACCCAGCCAUGCUCAGCACAACUGUUACCAACCUAUCCAAAACCAUCCAGGAGGCUAGGACUCCGGUUUUCGGUAUCUGUUUGGGUCACCAGCUGAUUGCUCGCUCUGUUGGCGCUCAAACAACCAAGAUGAAGUUCGGUAACCGUGGUCACAACAUUCCUUGCACCAGCAUGGUGACUGGAAAGUGUCACAUCACUUCCCAAAAUCACGGUUUCGCUGUGGAUGCAUCCACUCUGCCCAGCGACUGGCAGGAACUCUUCGUCAAUGCCAAUGACGGCUCUAACGAGGGUAUCAGACACACCAGCCGCCCUUUCUUCAGUGUCCAGUUCCACCCGGAAAGCACUCCCGGCCCUAGGGAUACCGAGUUCCUCUUCGAUGUGUUCAUCAACACUAUCAAGGAAACGAUCGCUUCCCCAGCUGCUCUCCAGCAGCCCGUGAAGUUCCCCGGCGGCACUAUGGCAGAAAACAUCAAGGCAUCCCCUCGUGUUUCUGUCAAGAAGGUUCUGAUCCUCGGAUCCGGUGGUCUGAGCAUUGGUCAAGCUGGAGAAUUUGAUUACUCCGGAAGUCAGGCCAUCAAGGCUCUGAAGGAAGAAGGAAUUUACACCAUCCUCAUCAACCCCAACAUUGCCACCAUUCAAACCUCCAAGGGUCUCGCGGAUAAGGUGUACUUCCUCCCAGUCAAUGCCGAUUUCGUGCGCAAGGUCAUCAAGCACGAAAGGCCCGACGCUAUCUAUGUCACAUUCGGUGGUCAGACUGCCCUCCAAGUUGGUAUUCAGCUGAAGGAUGAAUUCGAGGGGCUUGGGGUUAAGGUCCUUGGUACCCCAAUUGACACCAUCAUCACCACCGAGGACCGUGAGUUCUUUGCCCGCAGCAUGGAGUCCAUUGGCGAGAAGUGUGCCAAGUCUGCCUCGGCCUCAAACCUUGAGGAGGCUCUCAGUGUAGUCGAAGAUAUUGGGUUCCCCGUUAUCGUCCGUGCUGCCUAUGCUCUUGGUGGUCUUGGCAGUGGGUUCGCCGAUAACAUGGAGCAGCUGAAGGAACUCUGCGCCAAGGCCUUUGCGGCUAGCCCCCAGGUGCUCAUUGAAAAGAGUAUGAAGGGAUGGAAGGAAAUUGAAUACGAAGUCGUCCGAGAUGCUCGCGACAACUGCAUCACGGUCUGUAAUAUGGAGAACUUUGACCCUCUCGGUAUCCACACUGGUGACUCCAUUGUUGUUGCUCCCUCUCAAACCCUUUCCGACGAGGAUUAUAACAUGCUGCGUACUACCGCUGUCAAUGUGAUUCGUCAUCUUGGUGUUGUUGGAGAGUGUAACAUUCAGUACGCUCUGAACCCCUUCUCCAAGGAAUACUGCAUUAUCGAGGUCAAUGCUCGUCUAUCAAGAUCUUCGGCCCUUGCCUCCAAGGCUACCGGUUAUCCACUUGCUUUCAUUGCUGCGAAGCUCGGAUUGGGAAUUCCCCUUAAUGAAAUCAAGAAUUCCGUCACCAAGGUCACGUGUGCCUGCUUCGAACCAUCGCUCGAUUACUGUGUGGUAAAGAUUCCCCGCUGGGAUCUGAAAAAGUUCACCCGUGUCUCUACCCAGCUGGGCUCUUCUAUGAAGAGUGUUGGUGAGGUUAUGAGCAUUGGUCGAACCUUCGAGGAGGCCAUCCAGAAGGCCAUUCGCUCUGUGGACUUCCACAACCUGGGCUUCAACGAGACCAGCGCCCUCAUGUCCAUCAAGGGCGAAUUGCAGACUCCUUCUGACCAGCGUCUUUUUGCCAUUGCUAACGCUAUGGCUGCUGGCUACAGCGUUGACGACAUCUGGAAGCUUACCCAGAUCGAUAAGUGGUUCCUGAGCAGACUGAAGGGCCUGAGCGACUUUAGCAAACAGAUGUCGACCUACAACGCCAGCUCUGUGCCCUUGCCACUGAUCCGCCAAGCCAAGCAGCUUGGUUUCUCUGAUCGCCAGCUUGCGAAGUUCCUGAGCUCUAACGAGCUGGCCAUCCGACGCAUGCGUGUUGAAGCUGGUAUCAUCCCCAUUGUUAAGCAGAUCGAUACCGUCGCUGCUGAAUUUCCCUCAGUCACCAACUACCUGUACCUCACCUACAAUGGCUCCGAGCACGAUGUUGCCUUCGAUGACCAUGGUAUCAUGGUUUUGGGAUCUGGAGUCUACCGUAUUGGUUCCUCGGUCGAGUUCGAUUGGUGCUCUGUCAGGACUAUUCGUACCCUCCGCGAGCAGGGACACAAGACCGUUAUGGUUAACUAUAACCCUGAAACCGUCAGUACCGAUUAUGAUGAGGCCGAUCGAUUGUACUUUGAAAACAUCAACCUGGAAACCGUGCUGGAUAUCUACCAGCUGGAAUCAUCCAGCGGUGUGGUCAUUUCUAUGGGUGGUCAGACCCCUAACAACAUUGCUCUGCCUCUCCACCGCCUCAAUGUCCGCAUCCUCGGUACCUCCCCUGAGAUGAUCGAUGGCGCUGAGAACCGCUACAAGUUCUCCCGCAUGCUGGAUCGCAUUGGCGUCGACCAGCCGGCUUGGAAGGAGCUUACCAGCAUUGAUGAGGCUACUGGCUUCUGUAACAAGGUCGGUUACCCGGUGCUUGUCCGACCUUCGUAUGUGCUGUCCGGUGCCGCGAUGAACACUGUCUACUCCGAGCACGAUCUUGCCAGCUAUCUCAACCAAGCUGUGGAAGUUUCUCGCGAACACCCAGUGGUCAUUACCAAAUAUAUUGAAAAUGCAAAGGAAAUCGAAAUGGACGCCGUGGCUCGCAAUGGUGUUAUGGUGGGACACUUUAUCUCCGAACACGUCGAGAAUGCCGGUGUCCACUCUGGUGAUGCUACCUUGAUCCUGCCGCCCCAAGACCUGGACCCCGAGACUGUCCGCCGCAUCGAAGAAGCUACGCGCAAGAUUGGAAAUGCCCUGAACGUUACCGGUCCUUUCAACAUUCAGUUCAUUGCUAAAGACAAUGACAUCAAGGUCAUUGAGUGUAACGUCCGAGCUUCUCGUUCCUUCCCAUUCGUGUCCAAGGUUAUGGGAGUUGACCUGAUUGAAAUGGCGACCAAGGCGAUGAUUGGCGUUCCUUUCACUGAAUAUCCUCCCGUCAGUAUCCCCAAGGACUAUGUCGGUGUUAAGGUGCCGCAGUUCUCUUUCUCUCGUCUCUCUGGAGCGGACCCUGUCCUGGGUGUCGAGAUGGCUUCCACCGGUGAAGUUGCUUCCUUCGGUCGUGACAAGUAUGAGGCCUAUCUUAAGGCACUCCUGUCUACUGGAUUCCGCCUGCCCAAGCGCAACAUCUUGUUCUCCAUUGGUUCCUACAAGGAGAAAAUGGAGAUGUUGCCCUCGAUCCGCAAGCUGCACGAGAUUGGAUUCAAUCUGUUUGCCACUUCUGGUACUGCCGACUUCCUGAAGGCGAAUGGCGUUCCUGUCAAGUACCUGGAGAUUCUGCCCGGCGAGGAAGAGGACAUCAAGUCUGAAUACUCUCUCACCCAGCACUUGGCCAAUAACCUGAUUGAUCUAUACAUCAACUUGCCCUCUAGCAACCGAUUCAGACGCCCUGCCAACUACAUGAGUAAGGGUUACCGCACUCGUCGUAUGGCUGUGGAUUACCAGACCCCUCUGGUUACCAACGUCAAGAAUGCGAAGAUCUUGAUCGAGGCUAUCGCUCGCCACUAUGCUCUGAACGUGCAGACUAUCGACUACCAGACCAGCCACCGCCAGAUCAUCCUCCCUGGUUUGAUCAACAUCGCCGCCUUUGUUCCUGGUCUUGGAAGCCCCGAUUCCAAGGACUUCGAACUUAUGACCAAGGCUUCCAUUGCUGCUGGUUUUAGCAUGGUUCGCGUGAUGCCUGUCGGUGUCAACACUUCUAUCACGGAUGCUAGUACCUUGAAGGUUGUUCAGCAGAACGCUCAGAAGGCAUCUUACUGUGACUUUAACUUCUCGGUUGUGGCUACUUCCACAAACUCGGAAGAUCUUGGACAGUUGACCUCCGAGGUUGGCUCCUUGUUCAUCCCUUUCAACCAUCUCUCUGGAAACAUUAGCAAGGUUGCCGCUGUGACUAGCCACUUUGCGGCCUGGCCCUCAAGCAAGCCUAUCAUCACUGAUGCGAAGUCGACGGAUCUAGCUUCUGUUCUGCUGCUGGCAAGCCUUCACAGCCGCAACAUCCAUGUCAUGAGCGUUACCUCGAAGGAGGAUAUUACCCUCAUUGCCCUGAGCAAGGAGAAGGGCCUGAAGGUCACCUGCGAUGUUUCUAUCUUCUGCCUCUUCCUUUCUCGCGAUGACUUCCCCGAAUGCAGCUUCCUGCCAACCGCCGAAGAUCAGAAGGCCUUGUGGGAGCACAUCAGCACCAUUGAUAUUUUCUCCAUCAGCAGCAUUCCGUACCAGAUCGCUGGUGAGAAGGGCUCACCCGUUGUCGGUAUCGCCGAGGCCCUGCCUUUGCUUUUCACUGCUGUCUCCGAAGGCCGUCUUACCGUGGACGACAUCGUUGCUCGUCUAUACGACAACCCCAAGAAGAUCUUCGAGCUUCACGAACAGGCCGAUAGCUCUGUUGAAAUUGAGAUUGACCGCCCCUAUCUCUUCCAGAGUCCUACUUGGUCUCCAUUCAACGGCAAGAGCGUCAAGGGCGUCGUCCAGCGAGUCGUCUUCCAAGGAAAGACCUCGUGUCUCGACGGCGAAGUUAUUCGCGAUGCUCCUAAGGGUUCGGAUAUGUCUGGCCACCGGAUUAUUGCUCCUGUAUCUCCUUCCCUCAAGGCUAUGUCUCCCAUGGUUGGUCGCCCUGAGAGCGCACUUGAUAGGAGACAAUCGAUCUCUGGGACCCCUGCGCGCCUGCCCCGCAAGCCUAUUGACCAGUUUGUACCUGCAACUGUGAACGAGCUUGGCCCCCCUCUCUACGCUCCUGUCCCCCGUGCUUCUUCGCCAUUGCUUGACAUGCUCUCUCGCUCUUCCUUCAGACAAAAGCAUGUGCUCUCCGUGAACCAGUUCACCCGGGCCGAUCUUCACUUGCUCUUCACUGUGGCGCAAGAAAUGCGCCUUGGCGUUCAGCGUCAGGGUGUGCUAGACAUCCUGAAGGGCCGCGUCCUGUGCACUCUCUUCUACGAGCCUUCUACUCGCACUUCCGCUUCUUUCGAUGCUGCUAUGCAACGCCUUGGAGGUCGUACUGUGGUUAUCUCCACUGAGCAGUCCUCCACCAAGAAGGGUGAGACUCUGCAGGAUACUCUCCGCACUCUUGGCUGCUAUGGUGAUGCCAUUGUUCUGCGUCAUCCUGACUCAAGCUGCACCAAGACGGCCGCCAAGUUCUCCCCUGUCCCCGUCAUCAAUGGUGGAAAUGGCAGUGUGGAACACCCCACUCAAGCAUUCCUCGACCUCUUCACUAUCCGCGAAGAGCUUGGAACCGUUACCGGCCUGACUAUCACCUUCACCGGUGACCUGAAGUACGGACGGACCAUCCAUUCUCUCAUCAAGCUGCUCCAGUUCUACGACGUUCGUAUACAGCUUGUUGCCCCCAAGGAGUUGUCUCUGCCUGAGGAGGUUCGCCAGCAAAUCGUGGCUUCCGGCCAGCUUGUUGUGGAAUCCGAGCAGCUGACACCGGAGAUCGUCGCCCGCUCCGAUGUCCUGUAUUCCACCCGUGUGCAGAAGGAGCGGUUCGCCGACCUUGAGCAGUACGAGCGCCUGAAGGAUAGCUUCAUCAUUGACAACGCUCUCCUGAAGCACGCCAAGAGCCACAUGGUGGUGAUGCACCCUCUGCCUCGUAAUGCUGAAAUCGCGGAGGAGGUUGAUUUUGACCAGCGGGCAGCCUAUUUCCGACAGAUGAGAUAUGGCCUUUACUGCCGCAUGGCUUUGCUCGCGUUGAUCAUGGCGCCUUAGGCCAUUACAGGGGCCGUUGAUUUUAUGAGGGAAGAGAAACCCUUGUUACUUCAUUUUUCCGCCGUUUUCUUUUCUCUUUUUUCUUUUCUCUUUAUUUCGUUUUUUCUCCAUUGGGGUUGCGUUUUAUGUUUUUGAUGGACCUUUUCGAUGUUAUAUCCAAAAGUUAUGCAGACACUCUAUAUACCGUGUAGGAACUUGUGAGGCAGAUAAACACGCCCACAAGAUAGAUUAGAUGAAUUCUUUCUUAUGAACUCGAUGACUCCGUUAUGUGUGAUGUAUGUGGUAUGUGUAUUUCUGUGUUCUGUGUGGUGGUGUGUGUUGUGG